GACGUAAACAUCAGCCAGCAGCCGCCAACCGACUUCAAACCACGUUCACAUUAUUUAUCUGCUGCUACAGAGUGGACUGUACAUAUUCCUUUUUUGAGUCGCGUGAACAAUUGUCUGCCUCUAUACAAGUUUUUCUGUAGACGAAAUAAAAAAAUGUUUAAAAAAUUCGAAGAGAAGGAAAGCGUCUCUGGCGUCCAGCAGCUCAAGUCUUCGGUUCAGAAGGCAAUUAGAUCAAAAAUCCAAGAGCAGUAUCCAUCCCUGGCUGAAGGCAACUACUUGGACACAAUCCUGCCCAAAAAAGAUGCUUUCAGAAUAGUGAAAUGCCAUGACCAUGUAGAAAUCAUAGUCGCCUCUUCGGGGGAGCUUCUGUUUUUCCGUCACAGAGAGGGCCCAUGGGUACCUACCUUGAAACUUCUGCACAAAUAUCCCUUUUGUUUGCCCUGGCAGCAGGUCGAUAAAGGGGCCAUAAGGUUUGUGCUUAGUGGAGCCAACAUUAUGUGUCCAGGACUUACGUCGCCAGGAGCAAAAAUGUCUGCUGCUCAAAAAGGAACUGUGGUUGCCAUCAUGGCAGAAGGAAAGCAGCACGCACUUGCAGUUGGACUGACAGCGCUUUCGACACAAGAAAUAGCGAGUGUGAACAAGGGUGUUGGAGUGGAAAACUACCACUACCUGAAUGAUGGUCUGUGGCAGAUGAAGCCUGUGAAGUAGGAUGCGUCCUUGAUGUGGGUACAUUAUUUACUUUUCAUAAUCAAGUGUUUGGUCUGUGCUAAUUUAAAUCUUAAGCAUUAAAUCAAAGUAAGACAAAAGGAAGAGUUUAUUGUUCUGAACAGAAACACCUAUCAAGUUUUGUAAUUUGGUUUAUUAACACAAAUGGAGAGAAUAACCAUUGAAAACAUUCAACAAGUCAAUGCUGCCAACAAAUAGCAACAUCCAUCUUUUGCUUGUCCGAAACAAGAUGUGUUUAACAAAAUGCAAAUUAUACUGGCACAAAGAUCGUCUUGUUUUCUUACAAGUACACAUUUAUAAAUACACAUUUAAGUUUGAGUAUGCAUUCAUAUGAUAUGGUUACUUAUCUAAAAUUCACAUUUGGCGACAAUUGAUUUUGUUAUUAACUGAUACCCAAUGUUGACAAAAUGACCAAAUAUUUGAGACGAGAUUUGAUUAAUGGAAUGAUUCCUAAACAGACUUUCUGAAAGCCUGCUCACAAUAACGAUGCAAAAUUCUUAUGAUGAUCACAUUUAUAAUUCAUGUCGAGCUCGAGCGAUUUUCCUUAAGAACUCCGGCCAUGAUAAUUUUUACACUUAAUUUAGCCUACAACAUUUUUGGUAUUGAGGGCGACAGGGACAAAAAUACUGUUAUGCGUUAAGUUACGAAGGGGCUGAGUACCACGGCGAGUGGUAGUGGGUCGAUUUGCCUGCGUAGGGUAGUGGCGGACUGGCUGACUUAUUUGGUGAGAGUGGGCCCAUCAGGGAGUUGCUGUUGUUGUGGGCCAGACUUGCCGCAGCGGCAGCCGCGGCCGCAGCGGGGUGGUAAAUGUGGAAGCUGGCUGCUGCUAGCUGAUGGUGGUACAGUUGUGUCUAAUUACAAAUUAAAUUUAGUUAUUAUCAGGA